AAGUGGUGUUGUCAGUUGUAAAUUGUGAGUGGAGAUUCGUGAUGAUAAGGGUUUGCAGGAGCCCUGCAGAUGUCCUCUGUGUGUUUUCCCGUCUCUCUCGGACUCAUUCUCUCUGUUAAUCUUAUCCUGAAAGAAUCGAGUGGACUACCGAUACCGACGACUCCGCUGCCUCUCCCUCCAGGCCGCUUUCUGCCGCAACCCUUUGACAAAGAUGGCUAUGACUACCCUGGGAAGAAAUACCCUCGUAACUGGGGCCCACCUCCACCAGAACUCUACAACCCCAACAAUUUCAAGGAACAAGAUCCCCGGAGUAUGAUAGAACCUAGUAAUGUACAACCAGACUUUGGAAACAAUUACUAUAAUAAUAACUAUGAGCCAGAGGGAUACUACCCUGAAGAGGACUACUACAUCGAAGACGAAGAGACAAAUUAUGACUCGAUGUACUCGGGAGAGAAUAGUUAUGAAUCGUCUCAGAUGAACUACGCUGUAGAAUCUAACAACAUCUACGGUAAUCCGUAUGUAAAUACAGGUUAUCAAAUGUACAUGGGAAAUGAUUUCAACAAUCCUGAAUUAGAGUACGAGUUAGAACUGGAAGUAGAAGCUGAACUAGAGUUGGCUUCUGAUGAAGAUGAUGACUAUUCUGAUGAUGACAUGAGUGAUGUGGUUUCUUUGAUGACUCCUCCCACUCAGCCACCCCCACCUCCACCUAUGCCUCCCAGUAGUGGCUGGAGCAUCCAGAAACCUCUACUACCUCCUCCGCCUCCACCUCCAUUGACUCAGAAGCCACUCCCUCCACCCAUGCAGCAGCAAAUACAGCAGAUGCAGCAACAAGCAAAGCAAAUGGCAGCUGCUUCUCAGAUGGCAGCUAACUCUCUUAUGAGUGACAAUGACUCUGGUGAGAGUGAAAUUAAAUCUAAAUCGAGAGAAAGAGUCUCAAAACCUACCAGGAGUACUUCAGGUCCUUCAGUGAAACCUAUUAAAGAUAUAAAACCAGUAAUAGAGGAACCAGUUGUUGAACCACCUCGUGAGAUAGAAUUGUUUUCGAGAACCACGACUAUAACUAAAACAACCACUUGGUAUAUCAAUAGUGACAAUGAAAUUGUGGUGUCUGAAGAGAUUGACAUAAAACCCAGUCCAUUGAAGGGGAAGUAUGUAAAGACGAGUAAAACGACAACAUCGGGACCUGUACCAUGGUACUUACAAGGAUUUGAGGAUGUUAUAUUUGAGGAAGAAAAUGGUAAGAGUAAGACAAUACUCGAUAAAAUGUCAUAUUUAAAAAAUAUGAACCCCACAUCCAUUACAUCUUAUACAACAGCACCGAACCCGUGGUCUACAGAAGUCCACGAAGAAGUAGUCUUUGAAGAAGUCCCUGAAAAAGAAAAGAAAGAUAAUCAACGUAACGAACCGGACAUGAAAGGACAUUACUCCCACGCUUCACCCCUCGAACAUAUUGUCGACUACCUACCGAGAAGUCAACUAGUCCCCGAAGAAGUUGUUGAGGUUAUUGAGAAAGUUUUAAAUGAUAUCAAGGAAGAAGAGAUUAUAUUGGAAGAAAUUAUGGAGGAAGAAAUAAUUGAAUUGGUUCCAUCAUUCCAAUUGCCUACUCAGCCUCCCAAGCAAUACCUUUACCCCCAACAGUCCCAAGAAGAUAUGUUUAUUCCCGAUUAUCGAGAUUAUAACUCCAUGGGGCCAGACUUUCGAGAUUUUAAUUCAAUGAACACAAACCAGAUAACAACACCAAAGUCACUAGUUCCUCCUCCUCCACCUCCUCCCCCUCCUCCACCUUCACCUUCAGCUCCUCCGGUGGUUGAUGGUGGCUUUACUCCUCAACCCAACUAUCCUAGAGACCCUUACCAAGCACCACCCACUCCAGCACCCACUACACCUCAUCCAACACAAGCGUUUUCCAACCACCCCCAACAAACUAACAGUCAUACCCAGCAACCGACUAGAGAACAACACCCUGCAAACAACAGAGAUAUCCAACAGCCUCGGCAGUCCAUGGAGCAGUCGCAGGAGCAAGUGCCUAGACUUCAACAACAACAACAACAACAGCGGGGAGAUGUAGAAAGCCAAAGAAAGGCUCAAAUAGAAGCCAAGCGACAGUUGUACCAGAGUAGACAACAACAGCAACAGCAACUUCAACAACAGUACUCAAACAGAUCCAAUAGACCUUCAAGAGAUCUAUAGAGAGUUUCUUAACAUCAAAUCAAAUGUUAUACUGUACUUUGGUUAUGACCUAAUAUAGUAUGUAAUAUAGUUCCAUUUAUAAUCCUCA